CAUAAUAAUUCACCAAACUUUCCAGCUUAUCGUCUUAUAAAUAAAUCCCCCCGUUGCCAUGGCCGCCGCUUCGCUCCGCUCCACCUUCCUCUCCUCCUACCCCGCCUGCGCCCUGCGCAGCCUCUCCGCCGCGCCGCGCGCCUCCGCGUUCGCUCAACUCAAGAGAUUCGACCGGGCUCGCCGGUUCUUCCCGGCCGCAGCAGCCAUGUCGACGUCCUCGGGGACGAAGGAGGCGCCGGCCAACAACCCGGGCCUCCAGGCCGAGAUUGAUCCGGCGACCAAGGGCUACUUCAUGCAGCAAACAAUGUUCCGUGUGAAGGACCCGAAAGUAAGCCUUGACUUCUACUCGCGUGUGAUGGGCAUGUCGUUGUUAAAAAGGUUGGACUUUCCUGAUAUGAAAUUCAGCUUGUAUUUUCUUGGUUAUGAGGAUUUGUCCUCAGCCCCUGCUGAUCCUGUCAAGCGGACUGGGUGGACUUUUGGGCAAAAGGCUACGCUCGAGCUUACUCACAACUGGGGCACAGAAAGUGAUCCUGAAUUCAAAGGGUACCACAAUGGAAACUCGGACCCUCGUGGUUUCGGUCAUAUAGGGGUAACUGUGGAUGAUGUCUAUAAAGCAUGUGAGCGCUUCGAACGUCUCGGUGUAGAGUUUGUGAAAAAACCAGAUGAUGGGAAAAUGAAAGGCAUUGCGUUCAUAAAAGAUCCAGAUGGCUACUGGAUUGAAAUAUUUGACCUGACUAGAAUUGGGGAGGUGACAACUGCAGCAUCAUGAAGUAUUAGAAAACUAGUUAUCUGAGAUAAUAGAGCUCUGUCUAUCAGCAUACUUCUUUUUUGCGGGGAUCUAUCAGCAUACUUUACUGUUUAAUAAUGAGAUGUACACUAAGAUGCUUGAACUUGGAUUUUGCACUGUAUCUUUUCAGUAGCAAGAAUCUAAGUAUGAUAAUUUGGCAUACAAUAUCUUUGUAUAUACUAGCAAAGUAACCGUGCGUUGCCACGGCAGCUUC